AUGGACAGCACUACCACGCAUUCCCUGCCUAAUGGUCUGGACGAAGAUCAAUACAUCCAGCAGCUUCUGAAUGAAGCACAGGCCCGACUUCAGUCGCCGUCCUCGGCUGACAACUCUUUGAUCUCGAUCUCAGAGACUGGCGUGUCAGCCCAAGAUAUACCCAAAAUCCCUAAAUUGCCAGCUAGUGCUGCUCUCAAACCCUUCAUCCAGCAGAAUGACGAGGUUGCCACGAUUAACAACUUGCAAGCCGCCUCACCCACUGUUCUUGAUUCUACCGCGAAGCCGUUGCCUCGUGCAGCCAAGUCUUCGGGCAAAGAAAAGGAAAAGGACAAUGCUGGCAGUGAUUGGUUCAACAUGCCAAAGACGAGGUUGACUGCAGAAUUAAAGAGGGAUCUGCAACUCCUACGUAUGCGUAACGUCCUCGACCCGCACAGACACUACAAAAAGGAGAGUGGUAAUGGUAUACCCGAGUAUUCUCAGGUUGGCACUAUCGUUGAAGGUCCAACCGAGUUCUUCAAGUCUCGUAUUGUGAAGAAGGAUCGCAAGCAGAAUUUUGUCGAAGAAAUACUUUCUGCAGAACAGCAGUCAGGUCGUUUCAAGGCCAAGUACAAUCAGAUCCAAGUAGCCAAGACCAGUGGGAAGAAGGCAUACUACAACCGUUUACAGUCGAGAAGACGGCGCUGA